AUGUGGGACUUUUAUAACGACAAAGUGAUUUUCCUCACGGGGGGCACAGGCUUCGUGGGAACUGCAAUUCUAUAUAGACUGUUCACUCAAGCCAGCCCCCGACGCGUGGAAAGAAAGGCCGAUGAAAUAUGGCGUGAGAUCCUGUCUGAAUCCGUUUCGCAAUACUUUAUUAAUAACCCUCGGAUCACAAUCGUCUGUGGCGACCUGAAGAGCUCAAACUGGGGACUAUCCGAUAUGGAUUGGAAAUGCCUCCAGGAAUCAGUCAACAUAGUAAUUCACGCCGCAUCAUCAAUUAACUUGGGGGCACGUCUAGAGAAAAUGGACGGCUUAGUGAUAUCACCAACGAUGUUUUUGGCAGACAUGACUCUGCAAAUGCAAAGCUUUCAAAACUUUGUUUUUGUCUCGACCGCGUACUCGAAUGCGCAUCUUUGGAGCUUAUCUAAAGAGGACGAUGUGCCGGUUGAAGAAUCCUUAUACAGCUUCGACACUGAUCGCUUGGUCUCCGAGCCUCAAAAAGACUCAUGGAAAUACAUCACUCAAGGCGCGACCGAAGAAUGGGCCGAAAUACAGCGAACAGCCACGACCAAUAUUUGGGAAACUUUUGACUUUCCUUGGGCAUAUGCGUACGCAAAGAAUCUUACGGAGAGGCUUCUGUUCCAGAAGUUCGGAGAACACGAUGCUCUGGAAAAGCUUUUAAUACUCAAGCCAUCCAUCAUCUCACCAGCGAAAGUCUUCCCGUAUCCCAAUUAUGCGAGAGCAUCGUCAACACCUGCCGCAGGGUUCGAAGCUGCCAUCAACCUUUCAUUUGGAAGACGUUUCCGCUUCGCGUCGCGAGCCUCCACUCCUUACAAGUCUAUUUUGAAUGAAGUUCCUGUGGAUGUUGUUGUGGACCGACUCCUCGUCCACCUAGCAAAUGGAACAAGCGGAAUCGUCCACGCGGUCAGUAGUAAGGAAGACCGGCUAUCGAUAUUCGACUUUGUACUGCCAAACUUCGCCAGCGAGCGUCGCAUUCCCUGGAAGAUCAAGCCUGAGUGUUCAUCUUUGGAUUGGCAUUCAAAAGACGUACAUUUCGUGAACCGGAUUUUCAAGUUGGUUGGGACGUCGUUUGAUUUCAAGGAGACGAAAACGGAGACACUCCGGGCCGUUCUGACUGAUCGGGAAAGAGAGGGCCUGAUACUAUUUACAGAUGGAUAUUUUCCUGAUUUCAAGCAGAGAAGAGGGAUAGUGCGUCAGAUGGGGCUUGUGUUUGGUCGGAAACAGCAUGUUCCAUCCUUUCUCGUCAAACUACUCUUACCUCCAAGCAAACAAAGGCCAGAGAUACCGUUACCAAUGGGUUUUCAGGAGGAGAAUAUAGUCAAAUCCUAG